UCGAGGACUUAACAAAAACUUCAGCCUUCAAGAAACGGCGCAUCAUCGCACUCUUUCUUACUGAAAUCUACAACUACUACUUCGCUCUGUGUCUGCUGCACGAAGAUGGCAAGCCGCAUUGAUAUGGCUGCGCAGGCGCAAGCCGACCUCCACAGGUCAAAUAGCAUAUCGCAACAAUCCGAAAACUCACAAACAGCUGCAGAAUUCAUCAGUAGUCAACUACAACUUGAAGCCGAUGCGCGCGAGGCCCUCCCAUACCAAUUCGAUACAUGUACUCGACCUUUCGGCGCAUUGAAACAGAACCUCUUUUCCUGCCUGACCUGUAAUCCUCCCCCGCGAACACCUGACGAGUCCUACACACCAGCGGGUGUGUGUUACUCCUGCUCCAUUUCGUGCCAUGGCGAACAUACCUUAGUCGAGCUGUUCGCCAAGCGUAAUUUUGUCUGCGACUGUGGCACUACUCGACUACCGACGUCUGCCCCUUGCACUUUAAGACGAGAUGAGGCUACUGGCAUCAAGGGCAAUAUAACCGGUGAAGCGCCGGCAAAGAGCAACAGAUACAAUCAGAACUUUCAAAACAGAUUCUGCGGCUGCGGGGAAGACUAUGAUCCACACCAAGAAAAGGGUACCAUGUUCCAGUGUAUGGGCUUAGGCACAGUCGAAGAAGGAGGAUGCGGAGAAGAUUGGUGGCAUUCCGAAUGCCUUGUUGGAUUUGGCCGAAGUGAUUGGAGGAAGCAUGUUGCUGAAAUCGAACGGAUAAAGCAGGCAUGCAGGAAGACCAACGACGAUAAGGAUCGACAAGCAACCAAUGGGUUAAGCACAAUUCAAGAGAACGGUUCAGAGAAUCGCACGAUAAGUACGACUACUACGAGCGAUACCGAUAGAGCUCCGCCCGUGGUCGAUGACGAAACAGAUGAAGAUGAUGACGACGACGAAAUUGUACCGGACGGAUUCCCAAGAGAAGAUGAUUUCGAGUAUCUCAUUUGCUACAAAUGUGCAGACGCUUUUCCGUGGAUCAAGCAGUAUUCCGGUGCACCUGGAUAUCUCGAUGGCGUACCCUACCAGAAGGAUGGUCCCGUCACGCGACAGCCAGCGAAGAUCAUUUCACAGCCUAUCGACUCUCAUUCUGACUUUGAUACGAAGGCAGAAGAUAAUUCAAGAAAGCGAAAGUCUCCAGCAGACGAUGAAGUAGAAGUCGCGGCUGAUGGCGUUAAGCGCCAGAAGUCCGAACUAUGUUCUCCUGAGCUACUUCUCACUGUAGCUAAUGCGAGUGGCAGUCAGAAUCCUGCGUCAUGCAAGCGGACCUCAUUAGCUCCUGCCCCAGCCGGACAAAUUUCGUUGUUCUUGAAGGUUGACUUUCGCGAACAUAUGUGUAAAUGUUCAGAUUGCUUUCCCCUACUGAAACAGAAUCCGCAACUCAUCGAAGAAGAGGAGACAUAUGAACCGCCCAUGUCCGAUGACGGAGAGGCAGCAGCGGGCGGAAGUGUUGGGACCGGAAGUCUCUUAGACAGGGGAGAAGCAGCUUUCAGCAACAUGGAUCGAGUCAGAGCUAUUGAAGGGGCUAUGGUCUACGCUCAGCUUAAAGACAAAGUUAAGACCUUUCUCAAACCUUUUGCGGAAAGUGGGGAAGCCGUGGGCGCAGAGGAUAUCAAAGCUUAUUUCGAGAAGCUGAGAGGUGAUGCAAAGGCCAUGAGCGAAGCAAAGGGAAGUGCUUCAGAAUGGAGGAAGGGAGCAAAUAAUGAUGAUAAUGACGAUGACACGGAUCAGAGGAAGGAGCAAAGCGGCUACUGAGAUGGGAUAUGGGACAUAGUCAUCGAAAACUCCAGCCCUGUGCGUUUGUCGGACCAGUGUAUCACUACUUCGGACAAAG